CAUCUAAAUUUCUCUCUACAGAUUUGACAUUUACCGUAAGGUACCAAAGGAUUUAACACAGCCGACUUUAACAGGUGCAGUAAUUAGCAUAUGCUGCAUUCUGUUUAUGCUUUUACUCUUCACUUCAGAACUGAUACAUUUCUUAUCAGGAGAGAUUGUUUCUGACCUUUAUGUAGACAAUCCAGGAGUGUCAACCGAAAGGAUACCAGUGUACAUCAAGAUAUCUUUGCCACGUUUAAAAUGUGACCAUAUUGGUUUAGACAUCCAAGAUGAUCUUGGCCGUCACGAAGUGGGAUUUGUUGAAAACACAGUUAAAAAUCCAUUAGGUGAUGAUGGCUGCAUUUUUGAAGCAAAUUUCUUGAUUAACAAAGUGCCAGGGAACUUUCAUGUUUCAACACAUUCUGCCCAGGAGCAGCCUGAGAAUAUUGAUUUUGCACAUGUAAUUGAAGAAGUUCGUUUUGGAACCAAGAUUGAAAACCCAAAUGUACCUGGAAACUUCAACCCGUUAUAUGGGCGUGCAAAAAUCGAUGGAAACUCUUUAGAGUCCCAUGAUUAUGUGAUGAAAAUUGUUCCCACAAUAUAUGAAGACGUUAGUGGAAAGCAGACGAUUUCAUAUCAGUACACAUAUGCAUACAGAAGUUACAUUUCCUUCAGCCAUGGAGGACGUGUUGUUCCUGCCGUUUGGUUUAGAUAUGAUCUAACUCCUAUCACUGUGAAGUACCAUGAGAAAAGGCAACCAUUUUAUACAUUCAUCACUGCAAUUUGUGCAAUUAUUGGAGGAACUUUCACUGUGGCAGGGAUACUAGACUCAUUCAUCUUUACUGCUUCAGAAAUAUUCAAAAAGUUUGAAUUAGGAAAACAGAGUUGAGAAGGAAUAAGAAAAUUGAAUUUUAUAUUUGGUAAUAAUCUUUCAAAUGUGACAAGGUUUUUAUACAAAGAUAUUUAGUGUUUUUCAAUUGAGAAUAUUGGUACUUAUUGUAGCAGUAUAGCAAGACCUUUUAAUAAUAACAGUGCAUUUGUUAAGUCUACAAUUUUUAUAUACUUGACCUUUGUCUCUCUUAACAAGAAGCAAUUUUAUUAAUCUCCAUUUCUCAUUAGCUGGGGUGAUAUAUUGCAAAGGAAAAUAUAGUCAAUCUCUUGAAUUUAAUUGUUGAUGUCUCAUGUUGAAAUUUUCUUUUGCCAGCUGAUGUAUCAUUUUAAGUGUUGUUACUUUUUUCAUUUUACUUGGUUAUAGGUUAUGUAGAUAUCUGAUAACUUUAAUCUCAAGGUGUUGUCUUAUUGAAUAGAUGUGAUUUUCUAGAUCCUCUGGAAGCUGAUUUUUUUCUAAUACGAUGCAAAAGUGUUGAGUGAACUCAGUACUAACUGGAUUCUUAGGUUAUUAAUGUUCUAACCAAGAAGGUUUUUUUUUGCUAAACUGUUGUAUGCGGGUGAUGAUAAUGAUCUAGCAUAACCAAUUUCACUAGUAUUAUGUUCUUGAAGAUUGUAGUCUGUCACUUAUUGGCAAAUUUUUUUUAUAUAGAAUUGUAACAGAAUUAAUGUAUAGAGUUAUUCUAGCUUACAAGAUACUAUCACCAUCAGUCUCUGGUCUUUUCCAAUUUUGUUGUUGUUACAUGUGACCAGUGAUAACUUAUGUCAAUAUUACUGCAGUAAAAGCUUGCUAGCAUAGUGCAAGAAAAGAUUGUAUAUUGAGAAAGAGAAAGACGUUAGUAGUCUUAUCAAUUUUAUAGCAUGCAUAUUUAUUCCAGAUUAGUUGAAAUUUUCCACCCCAAUUAUUUAGAUAUAGUAAAUGUUCUUUCAAAGAAGAAUUAAAGUAACUGGAGGUGCUUUUGACAGACACCCUCCAGAUAGCCAAACUCAAAUGGGAUUUAUUUCAAUCUGGUCAUAAAAGUUUUUUGUGCUCUCAAUACUGCCUUGAAUUAAAAAAAUAUAUAUUUUACAUAUUUUAGAGAUUGAUUGCAUUUUCUCCAUGUUGAGAUAAUUUUCUUUGCUUAGAUCUACUUAAAAUAGACUUGCAUCAUCUUUUAAAUGAAAGCUGGGCAUAUACCAUUACUAUGGGCUCUUGCCUAAUGGCAGCCCAUUAGUGUGAUAAGGUGUGAUGGAUUGUGUGUUCUGGUGUAGAAUUAUGUUUGAUAUCGAAUAGAAGUUUCACUACUUAAUGGUGUUUCAGCAUCCAAGAUUCUCAUUCAUGGGUAUUAAGUAAGCACUGGAGCAUUGCUUUGCAUCAGUGUACUUGGCCAUAUAUAUUAUAAUUCUUAAAAAGACUAGUUUUUCCUUAAAAGGUAAAAUUCUCAGUAAAGUUUUUCCUUAAAAGGUAAAAUUCUCAGUAAAGUUUUUCCUUAAAAGGUAAAAUUCUCAGUGUCAAUGUCAGAAUUUUAAUAGUUUUUUAUUUAAGUAUUAGAUAGUUGUUGGGUCAUUGAAGUACCUCCCUGCUAUCUGAUGAGAUGUUUGUACCAUACUUAACAAAUGCACUGAAUAUUUAUUACUGUGUUAAAAUCUAAGAAGUUAUUCAUUUUUUACUCUUAUUUAUUGUAAAUAAUUCUAGAUCUGUUAUUCCUUAAUUAUUGUCAAUGCUUAUUCCAGUAAUUUAUCUGUCGGAGGUUGCCUUUUUGAGUUGAUUGAUGUUCCUCUGAUUAUUCGUGGAAAUUUCUAUUUUUUAUUUUUAGUAAAAUGAUUUGCUUUGGUGAUCAUUUUGUUUUUUAAAUUAAAGUUGAGAUAAAAAGCCUUUAGGAAAUAGGCUGUUGGAUAGAAAAUGUAGGUAGGUCACACAAAAUGUGUUUUGCUGGUUGUAAAUUAGGUAUCAUUUGUUUCUCGGCAUUGUUUCUAAAACACUGCUUGUUGAAUUGCUUGAUAAUACUGGAGUGAAUAUAUUAACUUUGCUAGGAUAUUGCAUUGUUUUGAUCAACAAGUAGUCUUCCAAUAUUUUGAUUAUUGUCAAGGGCAUGGAAAAUUUAUGACAUAUUCAAUAUAACUUUUAAACUGCUCUGUAUUUUUGGCUUGAGGAAACUGCAUGAUUUUGGAAAAAAUGGGUAAAAUUCCUUUGAAACAUAGAGCUGUGAAAUGAUAGCAGUGUGUUUCAUCAGUUUUAAAUGUUAAAAAAUGCAGUAAAAGUUUGUACGGUUUGUUAACAAGAAGGAAUUUAUUUUUAUUUUAUUUUUAGGACAGCUUUUUGUUAUAUGUCUGUAAAGACUGUUAUAAAUUUUAUAAAAGAAUUUUUUUUAUUUUAAACUGGGUAUGAAGGUGUUUUGAGUUUUGCUUCAAGCUUUCUUGCUAACUUGAAGGUACUUGAUUGCAAUUGUAUUUUUCUAUAUAUUUUUAAGUGACUGAUGGUUAUGUGAGAGGUAUUAAAGUCCACACAAUGAAAAAGGAAGUGUUCUGAGAAAUAUUACUCCAUUUUUUGUGAAACUGAAUCCUUUCUCUUGUGUUUCUAUAUAGGGGUUUUCAGUUUGGAUGAUACUACUAAAAUAAAAUUCAGUCUUAAGGAGUCUAAAUAUAAAAAAAAAUUUAUUUGAGGUGAAUCUUACCUUCUAUUGAAAAUAGCUUGUAUCUCUGUUGAUAGGUGAGGAGAUAUAAGUUAUCUUUAACAAUAGGUAAGUAUCCAAAUAAUCAAUUUAAUUAUGAAAUUUAAAUUUUUUAAGAUUCAAGCUCUAAUUAGCGAUGUUAACUACAGUUAGGUGACAAGGUACAAUUGAUGUUGGUCAAGUUGUCUUGAAAAGGUGGUUCUGUCUUGAGUGGGAGUAUUGACAUUAAGACCCUGGCAGUUAACUCAGUGGUCUGAUUAAACUGUAAUAAUAAUAAUAAUCAGACUAUAAUAGACAGAAAUUUGCAACUUAAUACAAGAGUUUCUGAGAAGUUCUCUGUAAUAUUGUGUCUGUGAUAAGUGAUAGAUUGUGACAGAUUUGAAGCUGGUGCAACCUAGCCAGUAGUACUGUUCAUAGAGUGUUCAUUUGAUGGAAAGGGAUUCUUUUGGGCCAACUUAAUAUUUUUUUUCUUUUUUCGACAACUUUUGAGGUAGGAGGCGUAUGGAUUGCGUUGGGGGUCUUCAGAUUUGGAAGUCGUCUGUUUCAUGUUCUUUCAUUAGGGGUAAAAAGUAUGGUAAACCAAUAGUACCAAGUAUUUUUAAGUUCACAGCUAUACAUUUUCAUAAUGUUCAAUGAUGUCAGAAAAAUUUCCCAUAUUAUUGGGCAUCUUUGGAAUUGUUCAAAAUUACAUUGCAUGUUGAAGAAGUGGCUUUUCACUAUUAAAGAGUUUAGGAUGUAAGAAUCGAGACAGUUUUUUUUCCUUGAAAUAGAAAUGUAAACAUUAUAAACAAGAGUACUGGUUUUAUGAGUGAUGGAAGUAUAGCUCAAUUUGAUUUUUUAUAUAAAUCUCUGUGAUAUAUUGAUGAUUUCCAGAGAAGACAGUUUCUAAAGAAUAACAGUGAAAAGUUUAGAUUUUUGUUGUCUUUUAAUUAAAGAGAAAGGUGUAAUUUGUUCAGUCUUUAUUUGAAGCACAGAAGUUACACUUUUUAUCCAGGCAUUUGACAUUUUAAAAUCAAAUGUAUAUACAGUUUAGCAGUAUUGUUUGGACUUGUUUUAUUAUAUGAAAAUAUUUGUUAAUGAAUUAUCAUCCAUA